AUGACCGACCUUGGACCCAAGGCAUCUGCCGACAACACCGUUGUUGAUACCCCCGCUGCACCUGCACCAGAACCCAACAAAACGAACAACCCCACCACCACUACCUCUACUACCGCUGCUGCCAAACCUGAAACAACAACAUCAGCUACGUCUACUUCUACAGCAACAAGUGCUACUACAGCACCCACCAAGGAUACUACUCCCGCUGCUGCUGCUACUACCACUACCGCUGCUGCACCUGCACCAUCCACUCAGCCAUCGAAAAAAGCAGAUGACAAUGACCCGACGACGCACAUUAAGCAAUGCCUAACUUCGUUGGUGUAUUGGGAAAAGCCUGUUCAUAGUGGUGCGGUACUUGCCGGCUUGUUGGGUGCUCUUGUGUUGACACAAUACUAUUCGGUGCUCCAACUCGGUGCUGCUUUCUUCACCCUUGUCACUGGUAUCAACCUUUUAUAUGUGAAUGCUCACAAACAAGGCCAACGUUUCUUUUCUGGAAAGUCUACGGAUCAGCUGUCUCAUCCACACAGCCAACGAUUCAAAGACACGUACAUUCCACGCGAUCGAGUGGUGAAAUCAGCUCAGCUAGCAGUGGAUGUUAUUGAAGCAGUGGUACAACAAGUCACCAAGCUUGUGCUGAUUGAGGAUACUUGGCGUUCAGCAUGGGCAGUGGGUAUCGCUUACUUUGUAUGGACCUUGGCAACCUACGUGGCUACCAAGUAUCUUGUUGGUGUGUUUAUCGUCGGGGUCUUUUCAGUGCCCCGAGUCUACUCGCAACACAAGCAGGUCAUUGAUAGCCAGGUGGCACAACAUUCACAACGUGCAAAGGAUCUUGCCGAACAAUAUGGCUCUGUAGCUUCCACAAAGGCCAAAGAGCUCUAUAACCAGGCUAUGGCCUCUGUCUCCAAGAAAAAGUCAGAGUAA